CAGAUUUAUUUAUAUAAACACUUGCAAUGCUGCGUACGAAGGCGCUAAGCAAGCUGCUGCCGCGCUCUAGACCGGAGCGCGCGCUGCUGACCCUGCUCGUCCUGGGCGUCCCGUGCGCUGCCGUCUGGAUGUGGCUCGUUGUCCUGCCUCAGUUCCCGGGUGCUUGGCAUUCUGCUUUUAUCCUGCACGUGGUCUUGACAGUUUACCUCUUGUACAACGUGAGCGUCAACUUCUUCCUGACGAUGCGCGUGGACGCCAGCGGCGACCCCAGCGCCCUCCCUGUCUUCCUUAAGCCUGGCUGGCGCUACUGCCACUACUGCGAGCUAAACGCCCCCGCGCGUUCGUAUCACUGCAGCGACUGCGGCAGCUGCAUACUGCGCCGCGACCACCACUGCCGCUUUACUGGUUGCUGCGUGGGCCACCACAACCAGCGGUUCUUCGUGGCUGGUCUGGUGCACCUGGUGGCAGGUCUAACCUACCUGCUGGUCUACCAGUGGCCCCUGGUCUACCGUCUACUCGGGGUCUCCAUCUACACCUUCCCCCUGGUCCUCCUAGCCCCACACUUCGCCUGGGUCUGGGGGACCAUCACCCACUGGGGCAUGAUGGUAGCUACGGUGCACUGCGCGUGCGUGGCUGCGUGGAUGACGUGCGUGUACGUGAGCUACACGCAGCUCAGGGUCAUCAUCACGGGCACCACGCAGCACGAACACAAGCACGGCGUCACCAUCUAUAACGUCUCCGUCACGCACAACAUCACCACUGCACUCGGUCACAGGUGGUAUCUGGUGUUGUUCUGGCCUCACGUGUCCUCCACUCUGGCCUCCGAUGGCCUGAUCUUCACAACGGCGGCCGACCACCAAGAAUUGAAGGACAUCUGAGGUGGACUGAGCAACUUCAUGACGAAUACUCUCAUAAAAGAUCAUCGCUAUUAGGUCAAAGACUUGAUCAUUUAUUUGAGUGUGGAACUUUCGUUUUCUUAACAACUGAUGAACUGUACGUAUUUUUUUUAUUGGACGACGAUUGCGCACAAUUUUUUUUUUCUUUAAAACUACCGUGGCUUAUUUUCUACUGUAGUUUAUGAUUACCAUUUGUUUUAUCUGUCAAAAUUUAACAAGCCUCAGCAAAAUGUUUUUAUUGUUUAAGAAGCUUAAGGAAAAAGCAAAAAUGUAUUAAGCCUAAACAAAAUGUUUUUAUGUUGAUUAAAAUUUGACAAGCCCUAAGAAAAUAAAAAAAUCUAUAGUCUAUCUAUCUAUUUAUUGGAUAUUUUUCGACUUCAUCCUAGCAGCUCAAAAAAGAGAAAAUUUUCAAAAUAUUUAAAAGUUAAAAAAAUUCCUUGUUUGGAAUGAACCAAAUCCUGGAAUAGUGCAAAUUCUGGAAUUGUAUUGAACGUAUGUGACUUAAUGUGAGUGCCUUAAAUGCCCAUAAAUAUAUUUUUCAAAAAAUAUUCAUGCUCGUGCCUUGAAAGCAAUGGUUUUAAUUUUUUAGACUCGUAUAUUAUUAAAAUCUUCUACUUUAAUUCGUAUAUUGUGAUGGAAAACAUUUUCUGCAGUAUAAACUCUACAAAUAUUUUAUUUAUGAA